AGUUGAAAGCACCGGAAAUCUAGGGCGUCGGCUCGGGCGAGGAGAUCGGGAGCGAUGGAUCCCGUGGAGGCGGAGGAGCAGCAGACGGAGCCGCCCGACGAGGAGGAGGAGGCCUACGCCGAGGCCGAUCCCACCGGCCGCUUCAUCCGGUAUGAUGAGAUCGUGGGAUCGGGAUCCGUCAAAACAGUCUACAAAGCCUUCGAUAAGCUGGAGGGUGAUGAGGUGGCAUGGAGCCAAACGCGGAUCGACGACUCUGUCAUGGGGUCCUCUAGGAAGAUGGCUCUGCUGAAUACAGAGAUCCAGCUACUGAAGAAGCUGAGGCACAAGAACAUCCAGAAGCUGUUUGCCUCCUGGAUUGAUGAGGACAAGAAGACAGUUAACAUCAUCACAGAGUUCUGCAUAUCCGGCAGUUUGAGGCAGUACCGCAAAAAGCACAAGAAAGUGGGUAUUAACGCUAUGAAACGCUGGGCGAUACAGAUACUGACAGGGCUGGAACAUCUUCACAGUCAGGAGCCAGCUGUUAUACACAGGGACUUAAAGUGUGACAACAUAUUCAUAAACGGCAAUGAUGGAACAGUGAAGAUUGGAGACUUUGGUUUGGCCACAAUUUUGCAGCAACAGAAAACGAAAAGUGUCAAAGGCACAUUAGAGUUUAUGGCACCAGAACUCUUCACUGGGGACUACAAUGAGUUGGCGGAUAUAUAUUCAUUUGGGAUGUGCAUGCUCGAAAUGAUGACAUGUGAAUAUCCGUACAGUGAAUGUCAAGGCCAGGCCCACAUAUAUAGGAAAAUUUCUCAAGGUAUAAAACCAGCUGUUCUCUCCAAGGUUGAAGACGCAGGACUAAGAUCUUUUAUAGACGUCUGUCUAGCUCCAGUAGCUGAAAGACCCACUGCAAGUGACCUCUUGAAGCACUCUUUCCUCCAGAAGGAUGGGCCUAUCCCAGUGCCUCCAAUUUCAGUCUCGCUGGUCUCGAGCGUGACCAAAGAUGGGCGACAGUCUGCCAGUUUCGUGCUAUUGAAGGGUGAUUUCCGGCUGAAAGGAGAUAUGCAUGUCACUGACCAUAUCGUAUUAGCGCUAAGAUUUCCUGAUCCCAGUGGUUGUUUCAAGACUGCUGAGUUCCCGUUCGACUUACACCAAGAUACCAGCCUUUCUGUGGCUCAAGAAAUGGUUGAAGAUUUUGAACUGCCCCAAGGGAACAUACUGAUCAUUGCUCAGCUGAUUGAGGCGUUCUUGCUCAUCCUGGUCCCUGAAUGGGUGCCCUGUGUUGCUGUUGGCCAAGUGGUUUCUGAGAGCGCACACAACUACAUCGCCAAGAGAAUCAAGAACUGCAGGCAGCUCAGAACGGCCAUUCCGGAUAGUUCUGCUUCCCCCAAGCUAUCUGUCAUUUAGUUUUUGUUGUUGUUGUUAGUCAGAUGAAUUCGGCCAGGCUACAGCCUCUUGUGUGGCUCGUAUUAUAAAGCCCACUCGAUGUGCUGCCAGACAUGGCAUUCUCCAUUGAUGAUGAUGAUGAUGAAAGUUAGGAGAGGACUAGUGGAGUUAGUUUUAGUUAUUUGUUUCAUUCUUCAUAGUGGUAGGAAGGAACAUCAGAUGAGUUGUAACCUGUGAUCAGUUGAGCGUGCUUAUGCCUUUUAUCUUAAAUUUCGAAUGCUUGAAUUUU